AUUCAUUUGAGCAGUAGUCAAAAUAGCAUUAGACAGUUCCAUUAGAUUAAAUGUAUGUACAUCAAAUGCCUUUUCUAUUGAACCACACAGGCCCAUUGUGCCUGACGUGUCUUGGUCACUAAAACGCUUGAAACUUGGCUACAUGUGGUUAUUGCAUGAGGAUUGCAUACGUUCAUCAUGUUAUAAGGCACUGACGUUGUUACUGAGAUUAAAUCAUGUGUAGCGUGCAGGAUGGGGAUACUGGUGGGCCUCUACAGAAAGAAAAAAUCAGUCCAGGAAGAAAAUGCAUGAAGUGUCGCACAGAAAAUGCUAUCUUGAUCACCAGAGUGAAUGAUGCCUUUUGCAAGGCUUGCUUUAUGGUAUAUGUAACACACAAGUUCCGAGCCACCAUUGGAAAGUCUAAGCUGGUCCGUGAUGGAGAAAAGGUCUUGGUUGCUUACUCUGGAGGUCCAUCAUCGAGUUGUCUACUUCAUCUCAUUACAGAGGGAUUGAGUCAAAGGGCACACAAGAAACUACGCUUCAUACCCGGGAUUGUCUUCAUAGACGAGACUGCAGUGUUGGUUAACCUGGAAGAGGACGGCGUGGCUGAGAAGGACAGGAUAUCUGAAUUAAUGGCCAGUACGGGCUACCCUUAUCAGACCCGACGUUUGGAGGAGGCCAUAUGUCUUGACCAAGGACAACACUUACCUGAAGCUGACCUGUCCAGUCUGGCGGAAUCUGACCAGGCUAGUGUCCAAAGUACUGACCUUGCCAAGCAGAAUGACAACCUUGACAGAGCAAGAAUUGAGAUUAAGUCUUUGUUUUCCUCCAUCAAAUCUCUCACAGCCAGAGAGGACAUGCUCAACAGAUUAAGACAGAGGCUACUGAUGGAAGUUGCUCAAGUUCAAGGUUACUCCAAGGUUAUGACCGGUCACUGUGGGACGCGGCUGGCUGUCAAUCUCCUUUCAGACAUAUCGCAGGGAAGGGGUGCUCAUGUCGCUAUGGAUACAGCAUUUUCUGACACCAGGUAUCCUAAUAUCAUGCUUGUGCGGCCUAUCAGGGAUUUUAGUUCUAAGGAAGUGGCAAUGUACAAUUCUUUACAUGGUGUAGAAUCUGUGUUCCUACCAACACUCACAACCAAGACACAUGAAGGAUCGAGCAUUGAACAUCUGACGGAGGCGUUUGUUACAGGACUGCAGACUGACUAUCCCUCCACUGUCAGCAACAUCAUGAGGACAGGUGAAAAGUUAAGUACUGAGAAAAGGGAUGGAGAAAACAGCCACUGUGCCUUGUGUGAGGCUCCCCUCGAUACAGACGUUGGUGCCUGUUCAGCAUUAAGUGCUGUAGAGUUCUCCUCCCUGAUCUCCCGGACGAGGAAAGGAAAAGUCACCACAUGUGGGGACAGUACCACGUGCUGCGGGGAAGGGGACGGUAGCUGUCACACAAAGUCAGAGGGUGUGAAGAAGGAGGAAGUUUUGUCAGUGUUGUGUUAUGGAUGUCGAAUGACUGUUAAAGACAUGGUAGAGCCUGCAGCACUGCCAGAUAAACUGCUGACACAGAUUUCAUACCGACUACGCAGGUCAAAGAUGAAGAACGAUAUUCAAGAUUUUCUUCUUGAUCCAGAAAACAGUUGAUGAAUAUAAAAACUGAUUUUAAUUACGAAGUCAUAUCAACAUUGAACUAUUUAUGCAGGGUGGGAUUAUUACAAAGGUUAAUAUUGACAAUAUGAAACAUGACAGUCUCACAUUUGUAUUCAUGAGACUGUAUACUACAAUUUACAGUGAUUCGGUCAGAGUAGGGAUACAGCCUCAGGUGUUGCAGGUCAAAACAAUGGCCGCCAGUUACUUUCGGCCUGGAGAGCUUUCUAAUGCUAGCAUUUAUAAUCCACAACAAAAAAUAAAGCAACUUCAGAAGUUA